UGAGAAUACCCAUUUCGUACACAAAGUUCUGAUCUUUACAGCCCGAGUGGGUCCACCGCCGACGCCUUCGCCGUCCACAAUCACCAAUCACAGCAACCUAUCAAAGUCGUAAACUUCCGAAUCUCCGAUCGCCGACGACGUCGACGACGGGGUCCAUUCCUUCUCCCCUUAGAUCCACCAAACCAAAGCUUCCUCUGCACAAAUUUGCAAAUUUGUCUCCUUUUUUUUUUGGUUCUAGAAGCUUCCUGAAAAUUAUCAAUCUUCGUUCGUCUCUGUAUCUCAAAUUAGCUCAUCAAAUGAACGAAGUGCUAACAGCCGCUGAUGCAUCUUCGAGUGCGCGGUCGUAUUCAUCGCAGCCGUCGAUUUCACCUGCUAAUGUCCCCCUCGUUUCAGCAUUCCUUGCCUGUGCUAUUGCUCAGUUCCUCAAGCUCUUCACCACCUGGUACAAGGAGAGGAGAUGGGAUUCAAAAAGGAUGCUUAGCUCAGGUGGAAUGCCAUCAUCACAUUCAGCAACUGUUACUGCUCUGGUAAUGGCAGUUUAUUUACAAGAAGGAGCUGGAGGAUCUGUCUUCGCAAUUGCGGUGGUUUUGGCAUGUGUUGUAAUGUAUGAUGCUACUGGUGUUAGGCUUCAUGCUGGUCGCCAAGCUGAAUUGUUGAAUCAGAUAGUCUGUGAAUUGCCUCCUGAGCACCCUGUUGCCAAUGUUAGACCUCUCCGAGAUUCACUUGGACACACUCCCUUUCAGGUUCUUGCUGGUGCUUUGCUGGGAUGUAUAGUGCCAUAUCUGUUGAGAAGCUCAAUCUAGAGUAAUCUUUAUUAUUUCCCUUCAAACAGUAAAUAUCAAAAGCUUUCAAGCUAUUAAAGCGGGAAUCAACGUCACUACGAAGCCACACCAGGUAACUAUGGAGAAUUACAUGUGGAUUUAUCCUUUCUUCAACCCGUUGGUAAAAGGGGAAAAAAAGGAUGAAAGGGAAAAGUCGGGUGGUGGGGAAAUGGUGUAGAUUGUUCGUGAUUGCGACUCGAUUAAUUACUUGUACUUUAUUGAUUUAUAUUGAAACUUGCAAACCAUUUUUUUCUAUUUGUUGAA